AUGCUGCUCAGUAGCUACACCCAGACUGGCCCUCAGCCUGACUUAGCUCCCGCACACAUCCCUGGAGAAAGAACUAACGCGGCCUUCUCCGAGCCCCAGGCUGGAGUAGGAAGUAUCCGCCCUCCCGAACGCGAGGUCCUCGCUACGCAUUGGCUGCGAAGGCCGUCAAUGCUCUGGAGGGCGGAGCCUCCCGCCACCCAGCGGAAUCUCAGGCCCGGUUUGACCGGUUGUCCCAAACAUUCUGCAGUUUUUGAGUGCAAGUACUAUGCCGUUCUUCGACCACACCACCAGCAGCUUAAGUUCAGUCACCAGAAUUGCGCAAGGACAGCAGCAUGUAUCUUACUUUUCCUGCCGCCCCCUCCCACCGCUGCCAACGAACAAGACCGAAACCCCCAUCCGUCUCGAGCGCGGCGCGCCCCGCCCCACCUACCCCGAGCGAGGGGUUCCCGGAGGCCGCCCCGCGCGGUCCCGACCUCCCUCUCCCGGCCCGACUCCCGCAGGCGGCCCCUCCCGGCAGGAGCUGGCCGGUCUGGGCGCCUGAACCCUGGGCAGCGACUCACCAGGAAGUUGGGAGUUUUCCGUUCUCCCGCCCGCGAGGGACCUUGGGCGGGCGGGUGGCUCGGCGCGGCGCCGUCGGAAAGCGCGCUGGACCGGGGGCUGAGGCUGCAAGGCCCGGAGCCGAUCGGCCACCUCCCGCCGCGCCGCCCCGGCGGACGCUGCAGGCGCGGGGCACCCACCCUGCGCACUGCGAGGCGCGUCCGGAGUGCGAACCUAGCGGCGGCCCAUCCUCCCGCGACUCCCGCUCCUCCUUCUGCGGCCGCCGCUGUCAGGAGUGUAAACAUCCCGGCAUCCCCGAGGAGAGGGGCGGGGCGGGCGCCGGCCCCUCCCCGCGCCGUGGGUCCCGGCCGGCUGCCCGAUGGAGGCUUCCCGCCUGCUUCACCGGCGCUCCUUGAAGUGGGGAAGCCUCGGAGGUUUCCCUACUGGAGCCGGGGCCCCUCUCUUCCGGUUGUCAGGCCUAGUGUGGUGCGGGGCACCGCGUCUGGCCCCCUGAGACCUCUUCCCCGGCUUCAGGCCAACUGCCCACCGAACCCAGGGUCGGCUGCUUUUUAAGAACUUGUUUUUUCUUCUUUUAUAUGUAAGUGCCCCCACUUGCAAGCGGUAACAGACUUACUGAUGUUCCCUUUCUUCUGGACCACAGCGUUUGUGACCCCAUCUUCUUUUACCAGAAUCUGUCUCUCAGCCAUUCAUCACCAUGACAGCAUCAUCAGGAAUAGGAGAGCUGAUCACACACUCUUCCCUGAGGCGGGUGGUAGUACAGCUCAUUAAUUUGGUUCCACUUCAAGAGAAAUGCCAAGUGUCUGGGAACUCAGAGGAGGAAAGGGGGCUUUAAAGAAAAAACAGACCACAGCUAUAAAGAGUCAGAUGGC